AUGACCCUUUCUCUCAGUUUUUCACUCGACUUCCACUCGAUUAACGAAAUCGUAGCUUCUAUGAGGAAUCUGCAGCUUGCAAAGGAUCCAAAAGAAGGAGAUUGGUGGUUAACGGUUGAUGAUACAGUGGUAGGCUACUGGCCUGCAGACAUUUUUACUCACUUGAAAGGUGCAGCUACAAGGGUGGAGUGGGGUGGAGAGAUAAUCUACACCACCACGAAGUCUACAGAUCGACACACCAAAACACAUAUGGGUUCCAGUCACUUUGCAAAUGAGGGAUACAAAAAAGCAAGUCAUUUUAAUGGCCUAAAGAUAGUAACCAAGGAUGAUACUAUCAUUCCUGUCAAAAUUGCAACCACAGCGAUAACAAAUGCCCGAUGUUACAACCUCCUUGUCUACCCUUACAAUGAAAAUCUUGGCACAUCCUUUUCAUAUGGAGGGCCAGGCUUCAAUAAUUCUACAUGCACUUAG